AUGACGGACGGAACGCUCGUCUUCAGGUUCGGCGAGCAGUCCGAGGCCACCAACACUCCCGCUGCGCCGCAAGCAGAGCCCACCCCGGCCGCGGAGCCCGAGCCGGCGCCGGAGCCCGAGCCCGAGGCCAAGGCCGAGCCCGAGCCAGCCCCAGAGCCCGAGCCGGAGCCCGAGCCGGAGCCGGAGCCGGAGCCUGCCCCCGAGCCGGAGCCUGCCCCCGAGCCUCCGGCGCAGCCCGAGGCCGCGGCGGCACCGGCGACGCCACCACCUGCGGCGGGCGCGGCCCCGCCGGACCCCGCGAAGGUCGCCUCGCUCGUGGAGCAGCUGUCCGGCAUGACGGUCGACACGCUGCAGGCGGUGUGCCGGGCGGGCAAGGUGCGCGGGUACAGCGCGCUGCGCAAGGCGGAGCUGGUGCAGUUCCUGGCGGACAAGGCGACGGCGGACGGGCCCGCGAAGAAGAAGCAGCGCCUGCUGACGGCGAUUGAAGUGGCGGUGGAACACCCUGACGACCCGGACGCGCUCGAGGCCCUCAGAGCCAAGUAG